CUCGUGUGCAGAACUGAGUUUAGCCAAGUUAGCUAGAGCAAUUUGUUUCAACUCUGAAUCCAAGUUCCAAUCCUCCUUUCCGUAGUUUAGAUGAAGUGAGCGUAUAUAUUAUCCAAUCGUUUGUCAAAAAACAAAUGGCAGUCAUCUGUCCACACAUCACAGAGAUCGCACAAUUAAGAUGUGUUUUUCAGUUCAUCUCACUUGCUUACAUCCUCAGAAACACCAAUAGAGAGAGAGAGAGAGAGAGAGAGAGAGAGAGAGAGAGAGAGAGAGAUAUGGAGGACAAAGCCUCAAACCCUCAUGCAAUCAUGGUGCCUCUUCCUCUCCAAGGCCAUGUAACCCCAUUGACACAUCUGGCCACGAAGCUUGCUUCACAGGGCUUCACCAUCACUUUUGUCAACACCCAAUAUAUCCACCACCACAUACUCAAGUCACAACCCAACGACAACACAGAAGACGAUAUCUUUGCCACGGCGCGUAAAUCUGGUCUAGACAUACGGUACACAACAGUGAGUGAUGGAUUUCCACUAGCUUUCAACCGAAUCCAGAACCUCGACCAAUCUCUUGAGGGUGCUUUGCAUGUCUUCCCUGCCCAUGUGGAUGAACUUGUUGGAAAUUUAGUCCAAUCUGACCCCUCAAUCACUUGUUUGAUUGUUGAUACUUUCCAAUCAUGGUCAGCAACCAUAGCCAAUAAGUACAACCUUAUCCAUAUUUCCUUCUGGACUGAACCAGCUCUAGUGUUCAACAUCUACUAUCACUUGGACCUUCUGCAAAAGAAUGGUCAUUUCGGUUCUCAUGAUAAUCGCGAGGACAUCAUUGAUUACAUACCUGGCGUGAAAGCUAUUGAACCAAAGGACUUGAUGUCACACAUCCAAUCAACAGAUUUAUUUUGCCCAAUGCUCCGAACGUUUUACAAGUCAUUUCGUGAAGUGAAAAAGGCAGAUUUUAUUUUGUGUAAUACAGUGCAAGAACUUGAAUUUGAGUCCCUUUCUGCCUUGCAAGCUAAGCAACCAACAUAUCCAAUUGGCCCUGUCUUCCCCGAUAAUCUCACCAAGAAUAUCGUGGCUACCAACCUGAUGCCAGAAUUUGACUGCAUCCAUUGGCUCCACGAGAAGCCUCAUGGUUCGGUUUUGUUCAUUUCAUUUGGAAGCUAUGCUCAAGUUACAAAAGAUGAUUUUGAGGAAAUAGCUCAUGGGCUUUUGCUUAGUAAAGUGAAUUUCAUCUGGGUACUUCGUUCCGACACUACAGGUUAUGAUGAAACGUAUAUUCUACCAGUCGGAUUUGAAGAUGAGAUUAAAGAUAGAGGGUUGAUGGUGCCAUGGUGCUCUCAGAUUGAGGUGCUUUCACAUCCAGCAGUAGGAGGGUUCUUAACGCAUUGUGGAUGGAAUUCUAUACUGGAAAGUAUGCGGUGUGGUGUUCCCAUGCUAUGUUUUCCUCUAGUGGCUGACCAAAUCACUAAUAGGAAACUAGUAGUUGAUGAUUGGGGCAUUGGACUCAAUCUUUGUGAUCGGGUUAAACCAGUUAGAAGGGUGGAGGUAGCAGAGAAGAUCAACCGUCUGAUAUGUGGAAAAUCGGGUGACGGUUUGCAGAAGAAGGUCAUGAAAGCAACACAAACAUUGGAGGAUGCAGUGGCUCUAAAUGGGUCAUCACAAAAGAACUUAUCUCAAUUCAUUAGUAAUGUGAAGGAAAAAAUUCAGACACGAAUGUGACUUCCAUAUUGCCAUCAUGUGGUUCUUCUUCAUCAUCUCAUUGACUGGCUGCCAUAAGACGCUUCAUUAGCGAUGUAAAGGCCGAAAUACAAGAAUGUAACACAUCUAGAAUUUAUAUGUGCGCUUUUUCCUUUGGUUCCGCAACUCUAUUAUGCACGUUUGUUGCACAACUCCAUUAUUUGGGAAUGUUAAUUAAGCAACCUCUCAAUUAACAUAAACUCAAAUUUUCACAAGUUUUUCGAAUA